UGGGCAGUAUUGAUUAAAAUUUUGUUUACAACAAGAUUGAAAAUCGUCUCAAAGUGGCCCAUCCUCCCCUACCGAUCGUCCAAACAUGUAUUGGUAUUUUAGAUUUUAACUUGCUGGCAACGUGGCAACACUGACUGUUAACUCACUAUGUCAAUCAAUGUCUUAAGUGGUAAAGUGCUAUGAUAAUUAAUUAUCAGUAAGAUCUGGAGACCCUAAGAAACAGAAGAAGAAGAAGAAGAAUUUUGUUGUGUGGUUAAAUUUAAUCCAUAGAACACCGAUCAGUCGUCGUUGUCCGAAAUGGCAAGAGAUAAGAUAGCAGUACUUUUAAGCAGUUGGAUAGAAACACAGCAUUGUCGAUUUAAAAAAAUGGUUAAAUUUCAUGGGAGAGUUAAUUUGGAGGGCUCCACAUUCUAUGCCUCUUUGAUAAUCAAUAAAGACUACCUAAUAAUUGACCCGGACGAUGAAACAAAGAAUAUCCAUACUUUUAACGCAUCUCGUCUUAACGGUACCCAUGAAUUCAGGACAAAAGGCAUUAAAGUCACAAGGGGAUUUAGAAAAUCUAGUUUCUAUAUUAGGUUGAAAUCAACCAGAGUUCGGGACAUUCUUAUUCAAAAACUUCGAACCUUGAUAGGGGACGAAUCCACAGGCUCAUCUGAAUCUACAGGUACGCCUGAAUCCACAGAGUCUCAAGACCAAGAUAACUAAUUUCAUUAUAAAUGUAGACAUUCAAAUAACGACGCUAUUUUUAUAAAAUGUAUUAGACUUUUAUCAAUAUAGGUAUUUAACUAUA